UCCAUGCCAGGAGUCUACACAAACUCUGCUGCCUGAUAGCCAAGCUGAUACUUUGAGGCUCUGAACUAUGAUGAUUUUUUUCAUGGACUGCUAAUUGCUUACCUGAACCCAUCAAAGAGGUUGCAAAAGCAGGAAGUAAGACAUGUCUGUAGUUUUGGAAAGUCUUUUUUUGAAACGUUCCCAGCAAAAGAAGAAAACAUCUCCCCUUAACUUCAAGAAGAGGCUAUUUGUUCUGACAGAUACAAAACUUAUAUACUAUGAAUAUGAUUUUGAAAAAGGGAAAAAGGGAAGCAAGAAAGGCUCUGUGGAUAUAGACAAAAUCACAUGUGUGGAGACUGUUGCCCCAGAAGAAAAUCCACCUCAAGAAAGACAGGUUCCGCGGGAUGAUACAAAUGAAUUUGAACAAAUUACUAUAAUUGAGAGAUUUCCCUAUCCUUUUCAGAUUAUAUAUGAUGAAGGACCACUGUAUGUUUUUGCUCCAACAGAAGACCUUAGGAAACGAUGGAUCCAGGAACUCAAAAGACGAAUACGAUACAACACAGAUCUUGCUCACAAAUAUCAUCCAUGCUUUUGGGUGGAUGGCGUCUGGAUUUGCUGUAUGCAGACAGCCAAAACUGCCAUAGGAUGUCAGGUUUUAAAGAAUAUGGCUGGAGGCAUAAAGUCUGAAAUAUCACGGCGUGUAUCAAGAAAACCGCUCCCUCCAACUCCUGAUGAAGAUAUGGGGAAGAAUAAAAAGCCACUGCCGCCAGAACCCCAGUCAUAUGCAAGUUGUCCGGUACCCACAACAGUGCAGUCCACAACCAUGUCACCAUCAAGGUCAUUGCCACCACCAGCACCUUCCAUUAAAGUGAUGACAGUCAUGGCAAUUUAUGAUUAUGAGCCCAUGGAAAUCCAAGAUCUAAGACUGAUAAAAGGAGAAAAGUACGUUGUCUUGAAUGACUCUGACCCACAGUGGUGGAAAGCAAGGGAUAUGGCCGGAGUAGAAGGCUAUAUUCCUAGCAACUAUGUGGUUGAUGCUGAGGACACACUGAAAAACUAUGAAUGGUACUCAAAAAAUAUCACAAGAAGUCAAGCAGAACAGUUACUCAAGCAAGAAGAUAAGGAAGGUGCCUUCCUUGUAAGAGACUCGAGUAAACCUGGAAUAUUCACAGUGUCAGUCUUUACCAAAGCAGUAGGGGAUGCAAAUGGAGUUGUUAAACAUUACAAUGUGUGUUGCACAUCCCAGAACCAGUAUUAUCUCGCCGAGAAGCACUUCUUCAGUACAAUUCCAGACCUGAUCCAGUAUCAUCAACACAAUGCAGCAGGCCUUGUAACAAGGCUGAGGCACCCUGUCUCAGCAACAGGUCAAAAAGCUCCAUCAACAGCUGGAUUGGGAUAUGGAAACUGGGAAAUUAACCCAAAGGAUCUGAAAUUCAUAAAAGAAUUGGGCAAUGGGCAGUUUGGAGUUGUGAAGCAUGGGAAGUGGAGAGGACAGCAUGACGUGGCCAUUAAAAUGAUCAAGGAAGGCACCAUGUCUGAAGAUGACUUCAUUGAGGAGGCAAAGAUUAUGAUGCACCUUAGCCAUCCAAAGCUUGUCCAGCUCUAUGGUGUCUGCACAAAACAACGACCCAUCUUUAUUGUGACUGAGUUCAUGUCGAAUGGCUGCCUCCUGGACUACCUCAGAAAUCUGAAGAAAAGGCCUCAAUGCAAUGAACUCUUAGAGAUGUGCAGAGAUGUGUGUGAAGCAAUGGAGUACUUAGAAUCCCAACAGUUUCUACACCGGGAUCUGGCAGCCCGUAACUGUUUGGUUGAUGGAUGUGCAACUGUAAAAGUGGCUGAUUUUGGACUCUCUAGGUAUGUUUUGGAUGAUGAGUAUCAGUCUUCUGCCGGGUCCAAGUUUCCAGUCCGUUGGUCACCCCCAGAGGUUCUAAACUUCAACAAGUAUAGCAGUAAAUCUGAUGUAUGGUCCUAUGGAGUUCUGAUGUGGGAAGUUUACUCUAUGGGAAAGAUGCCAUAUGAACGCAACAGCAACAAUGAAGUUUGUGAACUUGUCAUCAAGGGACAGCGGCUCUACCGGCCACAGCUGGCUGAUGAUACUGUGUACAAAAUUAUGUAUAUGUGCUGGCAUGAGAAACCAGAAGAACGACCACCAUUUAGUUUAAUACUGAGUGCUAUUCAAGAAGUUUUGGAGACAUAAGUAAGCACUUUACUUGGAACAUGUAUGGCAUCUCUGGUCUGUAAGUACAGAUCUUACAUUAAAGCAUCUUCUGCAGCAUGUAAUGUGCAGAAAGAUGAAUUACAUCACAUCUUGACAGGCUUUUCCAUUCAACAAAUAGUGAUGGUGAAAGAAGUGGAUUCUCCACAUAGGGGAGUCUCAAUCCAACCAUUCUCUCCCUAUUAAGGAUAAUCACAGAUGUCUCACAGCCUGAGUUCCAGGUCUCAGCUCUUCAUUCCCUUCCAGUUCAAUGUCUUUCUCACACUGUAGCAUGAAAUCCUGAUGGGCUGGAAGCCCUCAAUAGAACAGGUGCUCAGCCUGUCCAGCUUAGAAAUGUUUAUAAUUUUGUCCAUGGCUCUUUACUGCAUAUUCUUUUAGGCCACAUGUUUUAUUUCAUGCAAAUUAUACUUCAUAUAUGGGAGGGGUUAAACCACUUUUUCCAGUAUUUAGCCAGUGGACUAUAAGGCUUUGCCCAACUUGUAAAGUAACAAGUCUUUGAGGGACUCAUAUCUGUCUCUCUGCCUCUCUCUCUCUCUCUCUCUCUCUCUGUCUCUGUCUCUACCUCUGCCUCAUCCUCUUUUUAUGCUUCUUCCCUCCUCCAACCAUAAAGUACCCCUUCUACAUUAUACCACAUGCCACAGACAGGACUCCUUGCACAAUGUAACUAAUGCCACAGAUAGUACAGGUGUAGCCUUUAGCCAUUUCUUCCAGUGGUACCUGCUCUCUAGUGGGCAGUUGAUAGGCUGUUAUAGAAUCUUGACUUCUUCUAUUUUAGACUUAAGAGGUGGUCUGACUAAUUUCCAUCAUAUGAGAGAGAGAUGGAAAAAGCUAUGCAGUCUUCCUCCCAGCCGUUUGCACAGGAUUACCUAACAUUUCCAAAGGUUCUUGACAACACAGAAUAUGUUAUGUACUCAACGUCAGAAGAAAAUGGUUCUGUUUUCCAUUAGCUUCAGAAGAUCAUGGUUUUCUUUUGCAUUGCCCAGCUGAACUUCUAAUGAUCAAGGAGAGCAGCAACAGGUGGUUCCUCCAAAGGGAGUUAUUUAAGGACAUGCCUGACACUGCUUUGCUGCAUCUGAAUAUACAGACAUAGUAAACUGGAAUGCAUGUCGAGGAAGCAACUGGAUUUUCCUGCCUCAAUUAAUCUUCCCACUGAUUGCCUAGCUACUGCCUUUGUUCAUAGAAAGCUGUCCUGGCUGCAGUACUUUGAGUCCUUUCCCUGGACAGAGAGGCCAAAGCCACUGCUCAAGUUGGCUAGGCAAAUUUUACUUUAUACCCUGAUAGUGUGAAGUUUUAACUAUCUGUCUCAAAUAUUCUAACUGUGGGCCAUUGUUAAUCAAGCUAGAUCCAGUUUCUACUUGAGUCACAAAGAACUAAGAAUAUAGCACAUUAACUGCAAACACCAAGCAUGGAAAGUAGGUUUCUUUUUCUGUGGCUAUAGUGACAUUAAUUAGGAGCAGUUUGUGUUAGAAAUCUAAUUCAGGAGAUGUAUUGUCUGUAAUGAGUGCUAUUUCUUUCAGAAUUUGCUAGCCAGUUAGUUAGUCCUUCUUCAUCAACCAAAAGAGAUCAUGUUAGGAACAUAGUUUCGAAAAGCGUGAUAUGACAUAUUCCCCAGAAAAAAAAGAACAGGGACAUGAAAAAGUUCUACUCAACAUUCUCCGUGGUUAAACAGGAUGAUGUACUUGAGCUUCUCUAAGCUCAAAUCUCCAUAGGCAAAAUCUCAUACCACUUUAUUGCAAGCUCUAGGACCCAGUCUAUGCCCAAGGAAACCCAUAACACAUAUGUAAGCAUACUAAAAAUAUUCACCAUUCAAACAAAAACCAUAUUCAUGGGCAAAUUUAAUUACCUCACUAUUAACUGGGAAUUUUAUAUGACACCAAAUGUGCAGGCACAGGGAUCCAUGGAUUUUAUAAAUAUCCAUGGUCCUCACUAAUAUGGGAGAGCACUACACACCCUGUAGUGUAAUGUUCUCUCUGGUAAGGUCAAACCAUAAAUACGGUCUCCUUUGAAGUAAAAAUAAAACCUAUAACCCCAACUAACCCUGGAAUGUUCAGGAACUACUCUAAGGCUAACUUCCUACUAUUAAGUGAUAGCCUAGAAAAAUUUCAUGCCCCCAUAACCCCUGAGAACACUUCUGCCUAUGGGGAACUGUCCACAGGAUAACCUUUACAAGCAUGUUAAUAGCUGCAUAGAGGCAGUUGUACCCACCAAGAAUAAGUACAGAACUAACUAAAAAAACAGGCCAAUCUGGUGGAAUUGCAGUGUAACUAGGCUGUAUUAUAGGAUGAAGAUCAUGUCAAAACUUAGGAAAUGUAGCACCCAGCAGAAUAAUGGCAUGCUCAACAAACUAAACAAACAACUCAGAGGACAAAUAAAGUCUAACAAAGCCAAAUUUGAGGUAAAUAUGCCCCCCAAAACAAGGACAACCACAAGGCAUUCUUUAGCUAUGUCCCAAUUCUUCAAAGGCAAUACACAAUUGUGUCCAGAAAUCAUUGCUAAUUGAGCCACAUAUACUGAGCCAGAAGAUAUAACAAACUUACUGGCAGACAAAUUCAGCUAUAACUUUACCCCUCUCCCCACUCAUUCUCCCCUCAGGAAAUGCCAUCA